GAGUGGCCACGGAGUUUCUGAACCGGCAGAUGAUAAGCCUCUCAAACGACACGCUCGCCGUUCUGGACAGGGCCGGCGGCAAAUGCAUCCAUUUGCUCGACGCCAUACACGGCAAGCCUUUGGGCGCUCCCCUGACCCACAUGAUCGACAUCAACGACGUCGCCUUGAACCAGGCGGGUCCCGCCACAGAGCGCCAGCUGAUAUUCAUCGACGCAAACCGCGCCCUGUACAUAACGCCAGUGCUCAGGCGCUGUGUAGUUAAGCUCUGCAGCAUCGUGGACUCCGCCAUGUGGCACGAAGGGGCCAACAUGCUGGCGGCGGUCGUCAGCGAGAAGCUG